AUGUGGGAGAAAAUUACGGCCUACUUGGCCGAAAAAGAGAUACAAACGGCCAGAGAGGCCGAAUCUUCGAAGUCAAAGAACACUGAGAAGUUAGAAGACGGACCAACAGAUAUCGAGGUCGAAGACCAGAAACUGGAUUGCAUUUAUGAUGAUGAACCGUUGGGCUUCGAAGAGGAUCCUAUGGGAUCCACCACGAAAAUGAAGGCACAAGAUCCCCUUGAAGAAAUUGAUUUGGGUGACGGAACGGUUAAAAGACCUACUUAUGUAAGUGUCAAAAUCCCCGAAAAAUUUAAAUGUCAAAUUGCAGAGCUAUUAAGAAAAUACAAAGAUUGCUUUGCAUGGGAUUACAACGAGAUGUCUGGUUUGAAACGAGAAGUGGUGGAGUUAAAAUUACCAAUUCGACAGGAUAAAAAGCCAGUCAAGCAGAUUCCGCGAAUCGAGAUCAACCAGAACAAAACCAAAGCAAUAAUUGAGACCAAGGCUCCUUCUACAAAGAAAGAAUUACAGUCUCUAUUAGGGAAAAUCAACUUUCUCCGAAGAUUUAUAUCAAAUCUAAGUGGCAAGACACAGGCUUUCUCACCACUGCUUCGGUUGAAGAAAGAUGAUAUUUUCAAAUGGGAACCUGAGCACCAAAAAGCUUUCAAUGAAAUCAAGUCUUAUUUGGUAAAUCCUCCGGUCCUUUCUCCUUUGUUGAAGAGUAGAAGAAUGAAGUUAUAUAUAGCAACGUCAGAUGGCACUAUCGGAAGUAUGUUAGCACAAGAGGAUGAAUAUGGCACAGAAAGGGCCAUUUAUUAUUUAAGUCGAGUACUUAAUGAUGUUGAAACAAGAUACCAUCCUAGUGAAAAACUUUGUUUGUGUUUAUUCUUCUCAUGUACAAAACUCAAGCAUUAUAUAAAGCCUUUUGACGUUUAUGUGUAUUCCCAUUUUGAUAUCAUUAAACAUAUGUUGUCGAAGCCAAUUUUACAUAGCCGAUUCGGGAAAUGGGCCUUGGCAUUGACAGAAUAUUCAUUAACAUAUCAAUCAUUAAAAGCUGUCAAAGGCCAAAUUGUGGCUGAUUUCAUUGUAGAUCAUUCAAUAAGCGAGGUUUUGACAACCGAAAUAGACAACCAUCCAUGGAAUUUAUAUUUCGAUGGUUCUAGUCAUAAAAAUGGUACUGGCAUAGGGAUAGUCCUAAUAUCGCCCAAACACCAUAAAUUCGAACACAUGUUUCGAAUCAAUCAGUUUUUCUCUAACAACGAGGCCGAGUACGAGGCUUUAAUUACAGGUCUAGAGAUUGCACUCGAACUAGGGGCAAGAUGCAUCGAAAUCAGAGGAGACUCUGAACUUGUCCUCAAACAGAUGACUAGAGAAUAUAUGUGCGUUAAAGAAAGUUUGGUCACCUAUCAUGCAAUAGCUAGCAGAUUGCUAAAACAGUUCCGCCAUGUGGGCAUUCGGCACGUACCUCGCAUGGAGAACCAAAAUGCAAAUGACCUAGCACAGAGGGCCUCUGGGUACAAAGUCUCCAAGGAACGGACGCAAGAGCCAAUAGAAAUAAGAAACAGGCGAAACUCGAUAGAAUGUUCUCCUGGCAAAUCGUUAACGCCAAAACUUGGGGGGACCAGAGCAAGUCAAGAUUCCCUAAAAGGUACGGACUCUGUCGAAAUUUUUGUCAUUAACGAUUUGAAUGAAAACGAUUGGCAUAAGCCCAUAGUAGAUUAUCUGGAAAAUUCAAAUGGAGCCACCCCUCGAAAAGUGAAAUACAGAGCCUUGAGCUAUGUGAUAAUGGGUAGUGAGCUAUUCAAAAAGACUUCAGAAGGAGUUUUGUUGAAAUGCCUGGGAGAAACAGACGCAUAUUUGGCUGUUUCCAAUACUCAUGAUGGAACAUGCGGGACACACCAAGCAGGCCACAAAAUGAAAUGGCUCUUAUUUCGACAAGGUAUGUAUUGGCCAACUAUGCUCAAAGACUGCAUAGAAUUCGCAAAAGGAUGCCAAGGAUGCCAAAAAUACGCUGGAAUUCAACGCGUCCCAGCGAGUGAACUCCAUGCAAUAAUCAAACCGUGGCCAUUUAGAGGAUGGGCCUUAGAUGUAAUAGGGGAGAUUAAACCUACUUCAUCGAAAGGAUACAGAUAUAUCUUAGUAGGGAUAGAUUAUUUUACGAAAUGGAUAGAAGCAAUUCCCUUAAAAGAUGUUACUCAAGAGGAAGUUAUACGCUUUAUCCAAAAGUUCAUCAUCUAUAGGUUUGGUAUUCCAGAAACCAUAACCACUGACCAAGGAUCCGUAUUUACUGGUCGAAAGAUAGUGAAAUUCGCCGAAGAUACAGGUUUUAAAUUGCUAACUUUGACACCAUACUAUGCACAGGCAAAUGGUCAAGUUGAAGCAGCGAACAAAAACAUUAUUGCCAUUAUUAAACGAAAAUUAAAAGCAAAGCCCAAGAACUGGCCUGAAAUAUUAGGCGAAGCUUGA